CUCUAUAACUGGAGUCCAUGGAGUUGCAUUGGGCUCAGAGGGAGCAAGAACUCGGGAGCAUAGGCUGUUAAAGGGAAAGGCUCGCGGGGAAAGAAGCAGCCACCAUCCCACCGCGCCGCUCGCUGGGCUACCGGCGGGGAAGGCCAUCCAUGGCAGCGCAGAUCACCACCAGAUUUUGACGGAUUCUUUCGCCAGGGUUGGGGGCUGCUUUCAUCGUUGUUAUUCUCAUCCACCUCCAACAACAAACAUUUCCCCCCCCCCCGUUGGGGGGCAUUUUCCUAGACGAUUUUCGUUGUUGCUUUUUUGGCUGCUGUCCAGAUGUUGGUUCACACAUAUUCCGCCAUGGACCGCUCCGAUGGGCUGAACGGGAGCUCCACCGGAGGCCGCCUCUCCCAGCUGUCGUCGCUCAACCAGGCGGCGGCGUACUCGUCGGCUCCCCCUCUGUGCCACACGCCGGCCUCGGACUUCCAGCCGCCUUACUUCCCGCCGCCUUACCCGCAGCCGCCGCUGCCCUACUCACAGAGCCAGGAGACCGGCUACCCGCACCUGGGCGACCCCUACACCGCCAUCAACCCCAUCCACCAGCACCAGCAGAGCAGCUGGCACUCCCAGCGGGCGCGCCAAGAGGAAGCGGCCGCCGGCCUCCUCUCGCAGACGCACCGCGCGCUCGGCCUGGACCCGCGCAGGGACUACCCCGGCGUGCCGCGCUUGCUCCACGGCCUGGCCGACGGGGCGCACGCCCUGAGCGACGGGCCGCUGGGACUGCACGCCCUGGGCCACCACAGCAUCGAGGACAUCCAGGCUGUGGAUGAAACUGGCAUGAAUCUCUUGGACCAGUCUGUGAUCAAGAAAGACCAACACCCGCUGAUGAUGCAGGAAACUUGCUGCUGUUGCAUCCCUGCUAGGUGGCCUUCCAGCCUCUGCUUAAAAACCUCCAAGGAAGUGCCCAUCCCAUCAAAAGCCAACGGCACCACCAUCUCCGCCCUUUCUAUGAACAAAGACACCCUGAUUGGAGGGGUGACAAACCCCAAUGAAGUCUUCUGCUCUGUGCCUGGCCGCCUGUCUCUCCUCAGCUCCACCUCAAAGUACAAAGUGACUGUUGGUGAGGUCCAGAGGCGGCUCUCGCCCCCUGAAUGUCUGAACGCUUCUCUUCUUGGCGGAGUCCUCCGGAGGGCAAAAUCUAAAAAUGGUGGAAGGUGUUUAAGGGAAAGGUUGGAGAAGAUAGGAUUAAAUCUACCUGCCGGGAGGCGUAAAGCAGCUAAUGUCACCUUGCUAACGUCACUGGUGGAAGGUGAGGCUGUUCACCUUGCCCGAGAUUUCGGUUAUGUGUGCGAAACAGAGUUUCCGGCUAAGGCUGCAGCGGAGUACCUCUGCCGCCAGCACUCCGACCCUGGUGAGCUUCAUGCUCGGAAGAACAUGCUAUUAGCAACCAAGCAAAUCUGCAAAGAGUUUGCCGAUUUGAUGGCCCAAGAUCGCUCUCCACUUGGAAACAGCCGCCCUUCCCUCAUUCUGGAACCCGGAGUUCAGAGUUGCUUGACCCACUUCAGCUUAAUAACUCAUGGUUUUGGGGGGCCGGCAAUCUGCGCGGCACUUACAGCCUUCCAAAACUACUUGGUGGAGUCGCUCAAAGGGCUUGAUAAAAUGUUCAUGAACAGCACAGGCAACGGCCACCCGGUCGGCGACUCCAAAACAUCAGAAAAGGAAGUGAAACAUCGGAAAUGACGCCACAGUUCCCCAGCCUGCCCAGUCAGAGGGUUUUUCCCCUUUCCCAGUUCAUGAGAUAGGAGGCUUGGGUCUUAUCAGCGUUGGGAAAAGAAAAGCAGCAACAGUGAAGAUCCCCCCCUUUCUCUUGCCAUGUUUUCUGAACUGUGACAGAUGCAUCUCUGAAACCAACUCAACAAAAUGUGACUGGAGGAAGAGGAACAUCCACAUGGGCCUCACAGAGAUGGAAGUAAAAUCAAGAGCAGUUGGUGGUUGCUGUUGACACUUUGGGUAUUCAGUAGUGGAUACCAAAAGCCAGGUUACAUGUGCAAUUACUUUUUAAAAAAAUAAAUACAUUUUCUUUGAAAAGCCCAUAAUCAUGCAAUGUUGAGCUGUUCCAAGAGAGAAGUGAGCAAUGUAAAAUGAAGAGGUCUUAGUGGGAUCAAGAAGGGGAGGGGGAUGUUUUUAAUUUGCCUCAGUGGACAGGCCCAGAGAGAUGAGGCAGAAAGAGCAAGCGAGGUGUCUGUUGAUGUUCACCUCCGUUGCAGACUUAUGGGUCAAGGAAGAAGGAACCUCACCUGUUCCACUGCAGAGAGCAGCUCUGCGACUUCGUUUGCACAUUAUGACCAAUUGGAAAUCACAGUGGGUUUUGUCUGAUUUAGACCAGACACACCAAUACACACGUUUCAGCAGUUUUCCCCCUAAAAGGAACAGAGUUCCCUGCAAACGCUCUGUUCUGUCGAGUUGUCAUUCAGCUGACCUGGACCCAGGAUGAGUGAGAUUACACCACCAGCCUCCACUCCUUGAGUUUUCAAAUUUUUUAGUAAUAUUAAAUAAUGAAUAAAUGAUUAUACUUAUAAUAAUAAAUUAAUAACAAUUAAAGCACAAGAAAGAACUUGAAGGAGGCCAAACCGAACUGUUUUGAAAUCUGUAUAUAUUUAUUUAUGUGUAAUUAAAUCAAAGUUUUAAAAUGUCCAGUGCGCGUUAUUUAUAUCCAAUUAAGUUGGGACUUCUUUAAAAAAAAAACUUUUUGAAAACUAAGUCAGUCUUUGGAAUUUUCUGGAAUGAAGUUUUGGAUACAGAACCUGGUAGCAUGGACAAUAGCCUGUGACGCUAACGAUUAGAGACAUUUAGCCCGGUUUGGUUUUUUCUUUUUCUUUUGUACUUGCUGUUGUCUCUCUUAAAAAGCUGCAAUAGAUGUACAAUGCCACCACCACAACAAACAAAAAAAUGUCAGUCAUUAUCUUAAUAAAACCUCUUUUUAUUUGGAAACAA